AUGUCAAUGGACGCCCAGAAUGUUCGACAGCAAGCUUUUAUAACUAAAAGUAAGUUUGAUCUGAGUUUUCGUUUUCAUCGAUACCGUACUCUAAUCAAAUAUUUAAUUCUUGCCCGCCAUGAAGCCUCUACCAAAGAUAGCAAAGGACUCGUCGAGUUACCCGCAUGUCAUCACCUUCAACGGGAGUCAUCGGCUAGUGACGAAGGGAACGAGGGUCGAAGCACGGCAAAAGUCACCGUUGCUGCGAAAAGACCCCGAUCUGCCUACUCCAGUGUACAGUUAGUAGAACUGGAGAAGGAAUUUCAUUUCUCCAACUACCUCAGUCAACAACGACGUAAAGAACUGGCGCGGGAGCUGAAACUCUCUGAGCGACAGAUCAAAAUCUGGUUCCAGAACAGACGGAUGAAGCUGAAGAAGGAAGCAAAGGAGGCCAGACAGGCGCGACUCCGGUAAGUCGGUAUAAGCAGGCAUGACGAGUUGGAGUCACUCUUUUAGUGAAAAAAAAAUAAGUACACGUUGUGACUAUAUUCAACCUGCUCACAAAUGAUGGGAGGAGAGCAGCAGAAAUGCGUUGAUCGAUUGAAGAGGAAACGUGAGUGAUCUGACAGAAAGAGAGUGAUAGUUCCGGGAAUAUACUUUGUUCUGGAUAAUAGUACACUUGUUCGAAUAUAAACUUCGGGGGGAUAAUGAGUGAUGCCAUAGUGAUCGCUCUUGUGCAUGUGUCUUUGACGAAAUAAGCACGUGCGAUAGCUGAACAUGCGUGGACGUGGGGCAUGGUCAAUGGGCUAUUGGAAACACGGGGCGGCAUACCUCCAAUCUCUGAGAUAAUAUCCGUCCUCUAAAGCCGAACUGAUCAGUCUUUACCCUAAGAGCCUGGACGCCACCGAUUGAUUAAUAAUAAGUAGUUGUGUGCUGUUCAGAGACUGCAAUGACUAGGCUCGAAAAAGCAAACUGCUACUAAUCCACUGAAUUCGAGUUAAAAUCUUGGGCAUGCCAGAUCAUGGUGUCGGUGCUAGGAUCGGCCGAUAACGGUUAAUAAACCAGAAACGCCUAACCACUGUAUUUAACUUAUAUCGGCAGUUCUUCUAGAAAUGGAGGGAGGUUAGGAAAUAAAACACGCGCGAUAACGCCAGGCGCAGAGCCCUAGUUGUGCACUUUGCAGAAAAUUUUCUCAAACUUUGGACAUGUUAAGGCUUAUUUAGGACCAGAUUGAAGUACCGCACACAUUUGGAGCGCCUGGUGGGCAUCUUAGCAGUUUCCACAGGGAAGACUAGAAAUCGCGAUGCAGAAGUCCUUAUUCGAAUCAGCUUACCAUGAUGUGAUCAACUGGGCUCCUAAAAAAUGCUCAUGACAUCGUCUAACGUACUGUUUAAAUAAUACGUACAAAUAUACGUAUCGUGCAUUAUUGAGAACCUUUAUUUACCAGAUCAUGUAUUUUCAAACACAUUCCAAUGAUGCACAUUUGGUCAAAGUUGAUUUCAUUUUCCGGGUAUACCAAUUAACGAGGCACGUGCUAGAGAUAAAAAGGCCGAGUGUUCGCAGAAAUUCGCGAACCAUCGAAGAAUCCGAAAUAAAUAUUUAGAAAUGUUUGUAUAGGAAAUCCGCCAAAGAGUGAAGCCGCUAAAGGUAAAGCGCGAUAUAGCGGCGGAUUACCUUAGUGCGACCAGUGCCUGAGUAAUCCUUCCUAACAGAAAAUGAAUUCCAGUUAUUUCGGCUUAGAUUUCGUGAGAUGAGUCACUAUCUGCCAGCCAGUACUACUGGGUCCUAAUGAUGUUUGUUGCAUUAAACGAGGGACGGUGUUCUGAAGAGUUCUGUGCCGCAUUAGCCGAGAGAUUUUUUGUUCAGUUACAGCGUACACGACCGUGAGUACCUAGAUGCGCGCGUGUCCGAACUGAAAUUAGCUAAGGGUGAAGUGUUCUAGAUAUGAUUGAGUCCCGAAACAUGUAAUAUGAUCAGUGACCAAUGAUCGCAGUCGGCCAGAACUGCCGGGAAGCGGGGCAAGGUCACCACAGACCCAUCCUGAUUGUUGGACUGAGUAGGGGCGUCCAUGUUUGUCCUGGUGAUCCGAGCUGGAAGCCACACAGGCAGUCGCGAAGACAAUAACAUGGGCGCCAGGCUCCAUUGACUUAAGAAGAAGACGAUCGCUGGGACACUAAGUGAUGUGGCCUGAAGUUUAGUGCUGGGGGCACAAGGAGUGCAGUGUUUAUCGGACCAGUUUCCAUCCUACCAUAUGCCUACUGUGAUUGGCGGAGCCUCCGUUCAGCGCUGCGGAUCGUAUUUGAGUCCGUAAUUGCCGUAGGCUCUCCAUUUUUAGAUCGUUGGUAAUAGUUCAACGUCCUCCCACACCUUUACGGGAUAUUAUUUUAAAUUUGUUACUUCUUUCUGCCUGACGGGCAUGGAUGACUUGCUACCUUCUUGCAGCGAUCUGUGACUCCUGUCCGCCCACGAUCCAAUCUACUGUCACUGUUCCUUAGAAAAAAUGAAACACGUCUGUUUGGCUGCCUUAUUACCUACCUAUGACAGGGAGAAAAUUUAGUACUGGUAUAAGAAUUGGAACUACGCCAAUCAUCUCACGCCUAAACAAAAAUGUAGUUAAGAAUUAAAUUAAAUUAUAUUAAGCUACCUAACUAAAAUAAGUAAUCGUUCUACGGCAAUAAAUAACGAGGGCUUGGAUAUUCAAAGCCGAGCAUUAAGUAUUUUCCUCUCUACAGUGAGAAGUUGGAGUAUUUCUGGUAGGCAGCUCUACUCAGUCAUCUUUUUGUGCAUUUUUAGUCGUGGGCUUUGCGACCAACCUCCAAUCUUGUCAGAGUCUGAAUUUCAACUACCAUCCCCCUAUUUCUACCACGACAUUCUACCCCUUCAUCUCCCAACGAGGCCUUCCGAUUCCCUUCUCUCGCCCAAUUUCCAUGCAGAAUCGACGGCAAGUGUGUACACCACCACGUGUGUUCCAUCAAGGACUGACGAUGAUCCCUUUUUGUCAGGGCAAACGCCGUCCGACACGUGGCUUCCCCCAGGAUGCCUGACCCAGGCAGAACAUGGUCCCCAGUUCGACUUCAGUCAACCCUCGCAGUACGACCUGCAAAGGCAUAAAGUCCUUACCCAUACGCAGCUCGGAGGACCACCCUAG